GAGGUUGUCAGCCAGCGAGAUAUCUGAUCUCCUCCGGCUCCGGUGCGGUGAGGACCCCAUCCCGCCGGCGGACAAAAGUUACAUGGCCUGCCCCCCGCCCGAACAGGAAGAGGGCCCACACGUCGGCCACUCUGUCUGACCACAGCACCCCCACCACCUAGCUUUAUUCCCAAAACGUUUUCCCCUGGAAAGAGAAAAAGAGAAAAACGGAGAUUCCUUGCCCCCUUUUCCCUUCCCCAUCGUCGAAACCCUAGCCCCGCCUCGCCGCCGGCACGCCGGAUCGGUCGGCGCCAUGUCCAAGGCCAGGGUCUACGCCGACGUCAACGUGCUGCGCCCCAAGGAGUACUGGGAUUACGAGGCGCUCACCGUUCAAUGGGGUGAGCAGGAUGACUAUGAAGUUGUCAGGAAGGUCGGGAGAGGAAAAUACAGUGAAGUAUUUGAAGGUAUUAAUGUUAACAAUAAUGAGAAAUGCAUCAUCAAGAUCCUCAAGCCUGUGAAGAAAAAGAAGAUCAAAAGAGAAAUUAAAAUUCUUCAGAAUCUUUGUGGAGGCCCUAACAUUGUGAAGCUGCUCGAUAUUGUUAGAGAUCAGCAUUCGAAAACGCCCAGCUUGAUCUUUGAAUAUGUUAACAACACAGAUUUCAAAGUGCUGUACCCAACAUUAACAGAUUAUGACAUUCGGUAUUACAUCUACGAGUUACUCAAGGCAUUAGAUUACUGCCAUUCACAAGGUAUUAUGCACCGAGAUGUGAAGCCCCACAAUGUUAUGAUAGAUCAUGAGCUUCGGAAACUCCGGCUGAUAGACUGGGGUCUUGCUGAAUUCUAUCAUCCUGGCAAGGAAUAUAAUGUCCGUGUUGCAUCCAGGUACUUCAAGGGGCCUGAGCUUCUUGUUGACUUGCAAGAUUAUGAUUACUCUUUGGACAUGUGGAGUCUGGGCUGCAUGUUUGCUGGGAUGAUUUUUCGUAAGGAACCAUUUUUCUACGGGCAUGACAACCAUGAUCAACUUGUUAAGAUAGCCAAGGUACUUGGGACAGAUGGGCUGAAUGUUUAUUUGAACAAGUACAGAAUUGAGCUUGACCCUCAGCUUGAAGCCCUCGUUGGAAGGCAUAGCAGGAAACCCUGGUUAAAGUUUAUGAACGCAGAUAACCAGCACCUAGUGUCUCCUGAGGCCAUAGAUUUCCUUGACAAGCUUUUGCGUUAUGAUCAUCAGGAGAGGCUUACUGCACUUGAAGCUAUGACGCACCCGUACUUCCAACAAGUGAGAGCCGCUGAGAACAGCAGGACGCGAGCGUGACAGGCAAAGAGCGAAGACCAUCUGCUCUUUUAUCAGUCAGUCAGGUUGUAUGAGAUGAGUAGCCGUUGGGUCACUUGGCAGAAAAUAAACAAUAGCGGUAGAGCCUGUACUGUACGUAACGUAACCUCCUCGAGGAGUUGUGAGGUUUGGGACGUGAUUGCGAACAUGGUAUAUUAAUGAUUGUUCAUGUAAGGUGCUGUUUGGUUCAAGAAAUGUAACACAAAUGGUAAUGGUAAUGGUUUACGCUCGAUUACUGGCGGU